AUGACCAUCAUUACUACCAUCGUUAUCAUAACCACCAUCACCUCCACCACCGCCAUCACCAGCAUUACCAUCAUGACUGUAUGUUACCAUCAUGACUGUAGUACCACUACCAUCAUCACCGUCACGACCAUCAUCCUGAGCAUCAUUGUUACCACCACCACCGUUAUCACUACCACCACAAACACUAUCAUUACAAUCACCAUCACAGCCAUCAUCACUACCACCACCCGUUACCAUCAUGACUGUAGUACCACUACCAUCAUCACCGUCACGACCAUCAUCCUGAGCAUCAUUGUUACCACCACCACCGUUAUCACUACCACCACAAACACUAUCAUUACAAUCACCAUCACAGCCAUCAUCACUACCACCACCGUCAUCACCAUCAUGACCAUCCACUACCACCACCAUCAUCACCACGUAGAUAGGCCCACGAACAAUGGUUCCCUGGUUUGGUGCCAGAAUCACAAGCAAUGUUCAAAGUGCCUGGAGCCCUGCAAGGUGUCCUGGGACCUGCGAAAGCAGCAAUGCCAGAGCUUCUGCGAGUCUCUGUUCCCCAAGAAGAACUACGAGUGCGUGACCAGCUGUGAGUUCCUCAAGUACAUCCUGUCGGUCAAGCAGGGAGACUGCCCCUCCCCAGAGAAGGCCAGCGGGUUCGCCGCCGCCUGCGUGGAAAGCUGCGACGCGGACGACGAGUGCUCCGGGGUUAAGAAGUGCUGUUCCAACGGCUGCGGGCAUACCUGCCAGGUGCCCAAGACUCUGUACAAAGGUGUGCCCCUGAAGCCCAGGAAGGAGCUGCGGUUCGCGGAACUGCCGUCUGGGCAGCUGGAGGUAAAGUGGUCCUCGAGGUUCAACGUCUCCAUUGAGCCCGUGAUCUACGUGCUGCAGAGAAGGUGGAAUUACGGGAUCCAUCCAAGCGAAGACGACGCCACGCACUGGCAGACCGUGGCGCAGACCACGGACGAGCGGGUGCAGCUGACGGACGUCCGGCCCAGCAGGUGGUACCAGUUCCGUGUGGCAGCCGUGAACGUGCAUGGGACCCGAGGCUUCACCGCCCCCAGCAAGCACUUCCGCUCCUCCAAAGAUCCGUCUGCACCCCCGGCCCCAGCCAACCUCCGGCUGGCGAACUCCACCGUCCACAGUGAUGGCAGCGUUGCCGUGACCAUCACGUGGGAUGUCCCCGAGGAACCAGACAUCCCGGUGCACCACUACAAAGUCUUCUGGAGCUGGACGGUCAGCGGCAAGUCCCUUGUGCCGACCAAGAAGAAGAGGAGGAAGACCACGGAUGGGUCUCAGAACUCAGUGACUCUGGAGCCGCUGCAGCUGGGCUGCGACUACACCGUGGAGCUGCAGGCCAUCACCUACUGGGGCCAGACGCGCCUCAAGAGCGCCAAGGUGUCCCUGCGGUUCACAUCUGCGCACGCCGCCCACAACAAAGAACAGCUCGGGAAAAGUAGAAAGAGUGUGAUGCACAUGCAGCGUCCCCUUCAAAGACGCCGGCCCGCUCGCCUCCUGGAAGUCGGGGCUCCGUUCUUCCAAGACAACCAGCUGCAAGUCAAGGUCUACUGGAAGAAGACCGAAGAUCCCGGCGUCGGACCAUAUCACGUGGAGUGGUUUCCGGAAGUCUGUGCCCACAACAAAUCCGCCAGGCUGGAGGCAUCCUCGGCCGUGACCCAGGAAAACUACAUGAUUCUUCCAGACCUGUCAUUCUCCUGCAAAUACAAGGUGAUCGUGCAAGGCGCGCGGCCCCAGGGCCGCUGGAAGGCGGAGAGCGCGUCCUUCACGACCCCACCGUGCUCUGCGCUCAAGGGCAAGACUCACAAGCACUUCAGCUGCCCUGGCACGGAGGAGGGUUACAGUCACGUGCGUCCCAAAGUGCAGGCCAAACCUGAGAACCUGUCCGCCUCCUUCGUGGUACGCGAUGCCAACAUCACGGGGCACUUCUCCUGGAGGGUGAACCAGGCGGGCUUGCCGCGGCCGGCCACCGGCUUCCAGGUGACCUGGGCCGAGGUCACGACUGAGAGCCGGCCCAACAGCCUCCCGAACAGCAUCAUCUCUCAGUCCCAGAUUCUGCCCGCAGAUCACCCUGAGCUCUCGGUCCCAGGUCUGCGGCCCGCCACCCUCUACCGCCUGGAGGUGCAGGUGCUGACUGCGGACGGGGAGGGGCCUGCCACCAUCAGGACCUUCCGGACCCCCGAUGUGCACGGCCCCCAUCUGAAACACCGCCAUCCCCACCACUACAAGCCUCCUGCAGAAAGGUACUGAGCUGCUCUGAGAGCCCGUCUGAACCCUGAGCAAGUGUGGAAGCUGGCACAACCCCGCAAGGACUGGCCGUGCCCACUGGGAGGCAUCAGGCCCUUCCCGGAAGACCGCCUGCCCCUGCGUAAUAACCGCGGGGCGCUCAAUGCUCUGUCUGCCCUGGAAAACGUGCCCCCAGAACCAAGGACCCGCAGUGAGCCUCGCGAAGGCGGGGGUGGAGGGGGGUGGGGGGGGGGUGUUGGGACAGGUUCCCAUGACAACGGACAACACGCAGCCCAGCCCUGUUCCACUUCUAAUUCUUGCCUGCCUGUGUGGUAAAGCUCCUCCCAAUGCAGGUUUGAGUUGUCCCCGAAUUUGCAUCAACAGAUUCUCCAAAGAAGCAAUUUACACACAUAAUAGGCCUGCCCGUAGUAAGCAUACAGUUACUCACUGAACACUUGGAGAUUACAUUAUUGAUUGGAUUUGCCAGGUCAAUGGAAAAGUAUCCAGAUUUUUACAUCCUAAUAUUGAUUCAGAGAUUUCUGAAGAUGAAUUUUUUUUAAAUUCCCUAUGGGUUUUUUUCUUUUUCAACUGAAAAAUCUGUAAACCCGAAAUAUUGCCCAUUAGUUUAAAUUUAAAAUGCUCCAGCUUCAAGCACUCAAGCUUCAUUUUAUACAAAGACAUAGAUGAGUUUGGCCUCGAAAGGACAGUUUCUGUUAAGACAUUCCCAGCCAGGAGUCAACACUGCUACCCAGAGUCUGCCCUGGAGAAAUUAAAACUGUUUCCUGGGGCUUUAAUAUUUCAUCCUACAAGAAGGUUUCCUGAUACUUUAUUGAUAUUUUCCUUUUUUCCUUGAUGGGGAAGACACCUGCUGCUGUGCUUUGUUCGGGCACUUUCCCGUGUCUUAACACGCUACAAAACCUCUUGCUUGAAAUGAGAGAAACCCAACUAUCGAACAUUUUCAAAUCUUUCCCCUUGCCUUAAUCAAAGCAAGCUCUUUGUUUGGUAGAAUAUUCUCCAUAAUGUAGGAAAGGCAGAGGGGGACUCUGGAAGGAAGAGAAGGACAGCUGUUUGCCUUGGGCUAACCUACCUUUGCUUUCCAGGUGGCUCAGUGGUAAAGAGUCUGCCUCCCAAUGCAGGACAUGCAGUGACAGGUUCGGUCCCUGGGUUGCAAAGAUCCCCUGGAGGAGGAAAUGGCAGCCCACUCCAGUAUUCUUGCCUG